CAAAGAUGCCUAUCUAUAAUGAAGUUUGGGAAGAAGAAGAUUUCAUGUUUAGAAACAUGAUUAAUUUAUAAACAUUAACAAAAAACCAUGUGAAGUUGUUGGAUAAUCUCAAAUUUGAGUUUGUCGAAUAUAAAGCCAAUCAAUUAUUAGCUUGUCAUCUCUAUGAUAGAAUGGCACAACAUUGCAAGAAUCAAUUCGGUCUAUUUGAGGACUCAUUUGUACCAGAAUGUCUAGAUGCUAGAAAUUAUUUCUAAUUAUGUGUAAGAAUGAAUGCCUCAUAUGGCUUAGCCAAAAAGUAUUUCCCAGAAUAUUUCUUAACAAACGAAUACUCAAGACCAAAUCCCAAUUUUAAAGAAUUAGGACUUUGAUCCAUUCAUUAUAAAAUUUAAUAUAAUUAUUAUUAUAGAAAUAGAAA